CAAAAUCAUUGAUUACAGUCCAUUUGUUGUUGCAUGUGAGUUUGAUGUCUGCCACAUGCACAUUAAUCACAUUGGCUGCACCAGCUUACAAACCUAUGCUGAUGCCUGUGCUGAGGCUGGAGUGUGUAUUGACUGGAGGAGUGCCACCAAAGGACUCUGUGACUAUAACUGCCCAAGUCCUAAAGUGUAUCAGGCCUGUGGCCCUCUGGUGGAGCCUACCUGCGAUUCCUGGUACAAUGAAAAAUUCAUCUAUACGGUCAAUGAGUACACUGCCAUGACAAAUAUGAAGCUGGAGGGUUGCUACUGCCCAAAUGGCACCUACCUCCUCUCUUGCACCUCAAAUGAAUGUGUGCCCACCUGUGAAAUUUGUCGACUGGCUAAUGGACAAUGGACAAAGGCCAAUACAACAUGGACAGAGGGCUGUGAGGAGUGUAUAUGUGAGGAAGACACUCUGCAGAUCACCUGCCAUCACGUGCCCUGCCCAACACAGCCAUCCCUCAGCUGUGACCAAGAAGGUCAGGUCAAGGUCAAUAACACUGUUGGCUGCUGUCAGGAGGAAAUGUGUGAGUGUGAUGUUAAGCUGUGUCCCAGUUUGGUGCCAUCCUGUCCUGUUGGUUACACUCUGAACACUACUAUGGGAGUCUGCUGUCUCAAUUAUUCCUGUGUGCUUAAAACAGAUGUAUGUGUAUUCAACAACCAUGAAUAUCAGGUUGGAGAACUGGUGCCCACGAGCCCAUGUGACAGGUGCAUUUGCAGUGACCAGACAAAUACCAGCAGCCAUCUGCACAUAGUAGAGUGUCAGCCUCUAACAUGUGACCAACACUGUCCUCUAGUAAGAGGUUAUGAGUACCAGAAUGUCUCUAACCAGUGCUGUGGGCAGUGUGUCCAAACAAGCUGCAUUGUCACGCUGUCAAACAGCUCCACAUAUACAUUAAAGCCUGGCACCGUCUUUACUCCACCCGGGGAGCCCUGUUUGACGUUUGAGUGUGUUAAGAUCGCUAACCAGUACAUCACUGUUGAGGCCAAGAUCGUCUGUCCCCUCUUCAACCCUGACGAAUGCAUACCGGGAACAGAGACGAUAGCUCCAGACGGAUGCUGCCAUGUCUGUAUUCCAAAGAAUUGCUCAUGCAGUGUGACCAAUACUAAUGUGUACGUGGAGAGCCAGGGCUGCUACUCCAAAGAGAAGGUCAACAUCACAUCCUGCAGUGGAGCGUGUGAUACCUUCACUUUCUACUCUAUCGAAAUGAGUACCUUGCAGCACACCUGCUCUUGCUGCCAGGAGUUGGCCACGUCCGAGCAGCAGAUCCAGCUCGUCUGCCCUGACAACACUGAGAUCACCUACACCUACACCCACAUUGAAGACUGUGGCUGCCUCAAGACAGAGUGUUCUGUGCUCGACCGCAGUCAAAAGAGUGUCAAGUCACGUCGACGCAGGAAAUAAGGCCAAACCACAAACUAACUUAUAUAUUUGCCAUACUUAUCUCUUCAGUAUGAAUUUAUAAAAGCAUAAUGUAACAAUCAUAACUGAAUCAGUGCCAACUUCAUCUACAUGCAUAAUUCCUCUAUUUAUGACUAAUGUUAGUGUACUUAGCUUUAUAAGAUUGUGAACACACAAAGAUCUCAUUAAU